CAAACCCGUCUAUUGGGUAUCCAAAACAACAGCCUUAUAAAUCCAAACAUGGAUUUAAUAUAUGGAUUGUUUCUUGGAGUUUUGUUUGUAUCAAGUUGCACGUCGGAAGAAUCUAAGGAUGUGAAAAAGAGGUCACCUGUGGUUCAGACGCCAUUGGGGGUCACGUAUCCAGUUAGGACGGCAAAGGAAAUACGACAACUUCAGGAAACUGGGGUCCUUGCACCUGGCGAUGUCAUAGAGAUGCAAAAUGGAAUAUGGGAAUCGCAACGAAUUAUUGUUAACGUUUCCGGAACUGAGGAAGCUGGGCGGAGGAUCUAUCUGACUGCCCAAACUCCCGGAGGGGUAAGCCUGAGAGGGAAGUCAUACAUCCGAAUGAAUGGGAACUACAUUGAAGUACGUGGGGCACUUUUUGAAGGAACAAGCUGGGAGAAACACUACCCAUUUCAAUUUUCCAAAAACACCCAUCACAACCGUGUGACAAAUUGCCUGGUACGUGGAUUUAACCGUGAAGACUCAGUUUCAACGAAACAUUACUGGGUCGAGUUAUGGGGUUCAUAUCAUACAGUAGACUGGAACGCUUUUGAAGGGAAAGGUAUGCACAAUGGUGAAAUUGUACGUGUGAAAGGUGACCCGUCAGAGGUAAGGGAAUCAUGGGGACAUUAUAUCGCAAAUAAUUACUUUGGAGCAAGACCAGAUGUGCAGACAAAUUCGGCAGAGGCUAUUCAAAUUGGGAUGAAGAACAACUUUCAGGAUUUAGAAACAGUUGUAGAAAACAAUGUGUUCUAUAACUAUGAUGGCGAGAUAGAAACUAUCUCUGUAAAAGGUAGUAAUUGUACGCUACAAUACAACACAUUCAUCCAGAGUAAGGGGCUACUUUGUCUUCGUGCUGGAGACAGAAACGUUGUCCAGGGGAACUACUUUUUCUGUGACAACAAAAAAGACUGUGGAGGGAUACGCAUCCAUGGUAACGAUCAUCGGAUCUUAAAUAACUAUGUCGAAGGUGAAUACUCUGCAUCAAUGGCACGAGGUUCAAUGAUAGUGCAUUCUGGGAACCCUGAAGCUGGAUCAAAUGGCGACAAGAGACGAACACAGCGAUCAUUAAUUGCGUUCAAUUCUUUUGUGAAAUGCCGUCGUUGUAUAAUCAUUGGAGAAGGUGGCGAGGAAUACCCGAGAGACAAUAUAAUCAGUAACAACGUAGUAUGGGGCGAGAAUCCACUUGUCACACUUAUCGACAUUGAAGAUGGCGCCGUAGACAAUGCCCACAAUACAUUAUUUGAGAGUAACAUAGUAUCUAAUGGAUACUCAUUUAGGACAGGAAAUGGGAUCCGUCAGACAGCCCCUCGACUGGUGAGACACCCAGUAUUCCAGUACUACACUCCCUCGGCAGAAAGCACUGCACUGAUACGCCAGGCCCGUGGAGAAUACAGACGUGCUACUACUGAAGACAUCAGUGGCAGAUGGCGUGCAAUGCCUACUGACAUAGGAGCUGCCCUCUAUGAAGCAAACACAAAUGAGAUCCCCACAAGACGUCCUUUAGGACCAUCAGACGUUGGACCUGACUGGUACACUCCUACACUGAUCAACCCACAAGAACACUGGGAACAGUAUGACUUCUCCCAUUAUGACGAUUUUGACUUCUCUCAAGAGGGUAUCAAAAUACCAAAGGUCAAGGUCAAAGAUGGCAAGGUUAUUAAACCAGAAAUGAAACUAGAUUAACUAAUCUGAGUUAUUACCCAUAAUGCUCCUGAGCUGUCUGCAUCUUUUACAAUGAAAGAAAAAUAUUUACUUUUGUAUAUAUCUGUAUUCUGUAAUUCAAAACAUGAACAGUUUUGAAAUAAAAAUGGGAAUGAUUUUUGGAUAA